AUAACACAUCUGGUGCUGACAAAAAGGAUCUAUUGCGUUGUUUUCAUUCUUCUAGACAGUAUAAAUAUGACUUGUGAUAGGUGUCCUUCAUACUACACUCAAACUCCUAUUCAACUACACACGUCACCAGACCAGAAACAUGACCCUGCUGACCCUGAUGUACCUCUCCAUGAUGCUCACGACCUGUUGCUUCACACAGAGCACUGUCAAGCAGAUAAAGGAAAACAUGAAAUCUUAUGCCAAGGGCUAUGUUAUCCAAUACUAUGUGCCUUAUGUUAAAACACAACCUGAUGAGGAUAAAAUGAAGCUCUUGAAACAUCUAGACGAAAACCUGCUACUUAUUACCGGUACGGAGAACAAGGAGGUGGUCGAUCGGAAAGACACACUGGCAAAGAGUAGAAAUAUAGUUUCUAGAGAUGUAGAAGAUAUAAUUGGAAAAAAAAUCAGAAGUUUGUCUGCUAAGGUUGAAAGUAACGAUGGAUUGCUUGUCGAUAUAAAGAAUCAGAUGAAGUCAGUUUCUAGAGAUGUGGAGGAAAGUCUGGAAGAUAAGGUCAGACGUUUGUCUGACAAGGCUGACAAUGACGGUCUCAUGAUUAUAAUACAGAAUCUGAUGAAGGCAGUUUCCAGAGAUGUGGAGGAAAGUCUGGAAGAUAAGGUCAGACGUUUGUCCGACAAGGCUGACAAUGACGGUCUCAUGAGUAUCACAAAGGAUCUGAUGAAGGCAGUUUCCAGAGAUGUGGAGGAAAGUCUGGAAGAUAAGGUCAGACGUUUGUCUGACAAGGCUGACAAUGACGGUCUCAUGAUUAUAAUACAGGAUCUGAUGAAGGCAGUUUCCAGAGAUGUGGAGGAAAGUCUGGAAGAUAAGGUCAGACGUUUGUCUGACAAGGCUGACAAUGACGGUCUCAUGAUUAUAAUACAGAAUCUGAUGAAGGCAGUUUCCAGAGAUGUGGAGGAAAGUCUCAGAAACGCCACUGAAGCGAUCGACGGUCAACUACACAAAGAUAUAUCUGAUGAUGCUCAACUAUAUACUUUGCUGAAAGAAACAUUGUUGCCAUGGCUUCGAUAUAAUGAUGAACACGAUAAUAUACAACUUCACAACCUUGACUUGGAUAAUCUGAUUAAUUGGCUGACACUGGUGCACAACUCAAGGAGAAACAUCAGCACAAAAGAGGAAUCCUUUUACCAACAUUGGAACACAUCCCUGCCUAUCUUGAGUGAUACUUUCUUGUUCGCUGAUACCAUCAAACCACUGUCAACAUACGUAUCCCUUUCUCUGAUGGGCUUGACAGAUCGCUUCAUGAAUCUCUACUGGCCUUUCCGUCGUGACAUCAACCUAAUGCACCAAAGAUUAGCAGUCAAGGGUUUCAGGGGCACAAGCGUGUCUGACAGUGAUGUCAAGGAAGCAUUCUUUGAUGACUUCAGAAAAGUUCAACCAAUUCAUCUCCCUGUAAAGAAGAAUGAGAUUGUUCUUGUCUUUAAUGAUGAGGACAUAGCGGAUUGGUUGAAUGUCACAGGAGUUUUGUCCCUUUCACCAUCCUACAUGGCUUCUAAGAAACACAUAUUCACUGGGGAAGAGCAAUGGAGGAUAUCAACCACUGCACAUGCCGCUCUCAGGAUGAUCAACAACACUCAUCCUGAACUCUUUGACGCAAUGACACAGAUGAUAGCCUGCAUUUCAUUCUAUAAACAAGAACACAAAGUAAACAUAGCUGGAGGAUCUCGUGCUGCCCUUGGCAUGCUCUGGAUGGACCCUAGUGUUGGGAGAAAAUGGAGCGUUCCCUUCAUGGCUGAGCAAAUAGUCCACGAGUACACCCACAACGUACUCAACUAUGCAGAAUUUGUCCAUGGAACCUACAACGAUAAAUCCACUUUGGGAAAGGCUGAGGUGAAAUCGGCCAUUCGUCUGGUUCCUCGUCCCUACGACAAAUCCCUGCAUGCAGCUUACGUGUCGGCGGGACUGGUAACCUUUCAUUCCAGAACUGGCUAUCUGGAAAGAGCUGCACAACUGGUUGAAACUCUUCCCCAAGCAGUGCGUGAUCUGGCAACUGUUGAGGCAGACAAGCAUGUGCUUGAUGGGUCCGGCAGGGCAAUAGUCAAGUUCCUCACUGACUACAUGUACCUCACAAGACUCUGAAUGUUUCAUCCUGGUUUCAGAGUCACUUAUUCAAUAAACGGUUGGAAACUGUAA